AUGUAUGUGUGCUACCGAAAUGCCAGCGAAAGUGAUACGUGUCCGCAUACGUUAACUCAGAUGAGGCAUACAGUAGUUAAUGGUGGAAAGUUGAGGGUCUUCGGGGCACCAAUUCCGGAAGAUUCUAAAUUCUACAAGUUGAGAAUAACAUUUCAAGAUAAAUCGAUUGGAGAUUUCGAUGUCUGGAGACCAUUACCUAUUUUAAACUGCUCCGAUUAUGAAGAUGUACAUGUAGACGCACUCAUCGUGGCGUCUGAUGAUAUGAAAACAGAUAUGAAUACAAUUUCUGGGCCUAUUUACUUUAUAACGGUUGCUACAAUUGCAUUAGUACUGAAGAGCAUCGCAAAAAUCAUUCAAAAGUAUUAUGGUACAUGGGACUCUCAGCCACCACAGUGUAUGAAGAAAGAACAAAGCUUAAGUAAAUCAAAUUCUACAGAUUGUUCGAUAAAGCAACUUCCCACAGCUCCAAACAACGGAUACAUUGAUAUACAGUCUCUAUAUGCUGUGGGAAAUGGAACAACACAUUUUGUCGAAUAUAAAUGUAGACCUGGAUACAAACUUUAUGGUGACAAUAUUACAACCUGCAUUAUUGAUGGUUAUUGGACACAACCUAAUACAACUUGUCGCGCAAUAACAUGCAUGAUGCCCUCUUUGCUAAAGAAUAUGGUACUGAUGGAAGACAUGAAAGAAACAUAUUCUGUUGGAAAUAUGAUUUCGUUUCAGUGUGAAGAAGGAUAUAGUAUGUUUCGAAAUGGUAUGAUUACCUGCUUACCAAAUGGAAAAUGGUCAAAAAUUAAAGGAAAAUGUAUUAAAAAAUCUUGCCGAAAACCUAAUUUGCAAGAAGGUGCACUCAUACAAGGAAAAUCUUUCCUCUACAAUGAUACAGUUACAAUUAUGUGUUCAGAUGGAUCUCGUCAUAAAAUAACAUGUAAUAAGUAUGGAGUUUGGGAAGGAGACACAGAAGUUUGUUGAAUAUAUAGGAUCAUUCACGCAGUCAGA